AUGGCUUACCCAGACACUUUCGAGGGUUUCGCGGUUUUCGACCCGUCGCCUGCAACGUGGUCGACGGUGAAAAAAUUUGAGUUUAAGCCGAAGCCCUUUGAGGCGCACGAUGUGGACAUCCGGAUUAACACAUGCUCGAUCUGCGGGUCGGACGUGCACUCUGCGUCGAACGGGUGGCGCAAGCCGAAUGCGCACUACCCGUUGGUGGUGGGCCACGAGAUCGUGGGGCGCGUGGUGCGCGUGGGCGCUGCGGUGACCGAUUUCAAGCCGGGCGACCGCGUCGGCGUCGGCGCGCAAGCGCAGGCCUGCCUCAAGUGCAAACUUUGCAAAUCGCACAACGAGAUUUACUGCCCAAAACUUGUGCACACAUUCGGGGGUGUGUACCACAAUGAGGACGGCAGUACGACAUUUUCGAACGGCGGAUACUCGAACUAUGCGCGGAUCAACGACUACUUUGUGUUUCACAUUCCGCCGGAAUUGACCGAUGCGGAGGCUGCGCCGAUGCUCUGUGCAGGCGUGACGACUUUCUCGCCGCUCGUGCGCAACAUCCCAAAGGAGUUGCCGCAGGGACAGCUGCGCCCACGCGUCGGCAUAGUGGGACUGGGUGGUUUGGGCAUGAUGGGCAUCCAGUGGGCGCAUGCGCUAGGCUGCGAGACGACCGUUUUCUCGCGCUCGAGCCGCAAGUGCGCAGAUGCGCGGAAGCUCGGCGCAGACCACUUCAUCGCCACCGCAGAGGACAAGGACUGGGUGCGCAAGGUGGAAUUCUCGCUCGAUCUCAUCAUCUGCACUGCCAACUCAACGCAGAAUUUUGAUCUCGACACGUACUUGCGCGCGCUCGUCGUGGGCGGCAAAUGGGUCAAUGUCGGCCUACCGGAAGCGCCCUUCUCCGUUUCGCCGCGCUCCUUCAUGGCCAACGCCUGCUUUAUGGGCGGCUCGCAUCUCGGCUCCCACGUGGAGAUGGUGCGCAUGUUUAAGCUUGCCGUGGAAAAGGGUGUUCGCGCAUGGACCGACAAAAUUCCCAUCAGCGCGCAGGGCGUCAAGGAGGGCUUGGAGCGCUGCAGGGAUCACCGCUGCAGGUACAGAGUUGCUUUGACAGAUUUUGAUGAUGCCUUUCCAGGGCGCGUGUGA